AGCUUUUCGAUCUCAGAUUGACACAUCACUUUCGUGCCGGUCGUAGUAAAUAGUGGACAAAAAGCAUGUUGAAGUAGAAUCGUGAAUGUUUUGUAAGAAAUCUGCAGCGUGUUGUUAUAAGAAGUGAAUGUCUAUCUAUUCGUCGAGAAGGAAUAAUACAAUCUCCGGUGGAAGCGAUACGUGUCAAAGUGUAAAACUAUCUAUUUUUGUGUCCUGCUAACGACGUGUUUAUCAAACUCAUCGAUAGCUGUCAUCCUGUGGAGCUCGUGAAUCUAGCUCAAAUAUUUACAAAACCGUCAGCAGAAAUGGAAGCGCCAGAAGGAAUGGUUGUGGAAAAACGACGAAUUGCCAAACCAGCAGUAUUCAUCCUAUUAAGCGUAAUGUUUAAACGCUACGCUACGGCUGCAAUAUUAUCAAUUCUGGCACUUUUCCUUCAUUUCAAACUUGGCUACGAUAAGGAUAUGUCGACAACAAUCUUCCACUUAUACGAAGUGAUGGCAUCUUGUUGCGCUAUUCUCGGUGCAAUCAUUGCUGACAGUUGGCUGGGAAUCUACAAAACAAUAGUUUCGCUGUCGGUGGUAUUUGCGGCUGGUUCGCUUAUAGCUGCCUUCGGUGUGAUUGAUGCACUUCACCUUCCCAUGCACGCGUUAAGUGUUGUGGGCUUGAUGCUAAUGGCAACUGGAGAUGGAUGUCUGAAGCCACUAAAUAUUACGUACGGUGCAAAUCAGUAUCGGCCAAACGAAGUCAAAAGUAUCGCGUUGUACAUUGUGAUGCACUACUUUAUGCACAACAGUGGCAGCAUAAUAUCUCGUCUCGUCACUCCCAUUCUCCGUCAAGAUGUGAAAUGCUUCGGAAACGACGACUGCUUCUCGGUAGCAUUCGGUAUAUCAGGAAUUUUCAUGAUGAUGGUAAUAGUACUGACGGUUAUCGCAAAUCGAUGUUCGGAAGCAAAGCCGGAGCAACGAACUAGUUUGUUGAAAGUUUUUGGUUGCAUUCAGCAUGCAAUCUCCCUGAAAAUCAAAUCAAAAGCUUCUCCAAAUAUGCCGGCAAAGGAAUACUGGCUGCAGUAUUCCGAAGAGAAAUACGGAAAGAAACUGGUGUGGGAGACCCGAGUCAUACUUCGUGUCAUCGUACUCUAUCUACCCAUCACUCUGUUCUGGGCACUGUUUUAUCAACAAGGUUCACGUUGGGUAUUCCAAGCCAUACGAAUGAAUGGAGAUCUAGGCUUUUACACCAUCAUUCCCGACCAGUUCAACGUAUUCAAUCCAUUGCUAGUGUUGGUACUGAUUCCAAUAUUCGAGAAAGUUCUGAACCCGCUGCUCAGUAAAUUGAGAAUCAGGAGCGAUCUGCAGAAGACAACUCUGGGCGGUGUAUUAGCCGGUAUAGCUUUUCUACUAUCUGCAGUCGUUGGACACCAAAUCGAUACUGGAAAAUAUUUGCAUAUGGCGUGGCUGCUUCCACAAUACACACUAAUGGCAAUGGGCGAAAUACUCGUCACGGUACCAAUGAGCAAUUUUGCUUUCGCCGUUGCGCCGAGUAGCAUGAAAACAAUGAUUCAAUCGUUUAACAAUUUGGCGGUGGGUUUGGGAAAUCUUGUUGUUGUCAUUGUGGUGGGAACGAAAUUAUUGGAUUCCCAGGUUUAUGAGUUUAUACUGUUUGCGGUGCUGAUGUUCGCCAAUAUGAUUGUGUUUGCGUUUUUAGCGAAACGAUACAAACCGUUAAAGGAACAUGCUGAAGAGGGAGAUGCAACAGAUCCAUUAGUAGAAAACAGACAUUAAACAACUU